GAUGUCCUGGCGUCCGCAAUACCGCAGCUCCAAGUUCCGGAACGUGUAUGGGAAGGUGGCCAAUCGGGAGCACUGCUUCGACGGGAUCCCCAUCACCAAGAAUGUGCACGAUAACCACUUUUGUGCCGUCAACACCCGCUUCCUGGCCAUCGUCACUGAGAGUGCGGGAGGAGGGUCCUUCCUAGUCAUCCCUCUGGAGCAGACGGGAAGGAUUGAACCUAACUACCCCAAGGUCUGUGGUCACCAGGGGAAUGUCCUGGACAUCAAGUGGAACCCCUUCAUUGACAACAUCAUUGCCUCGUGCUCAGAGGACACGUCGGUGCGGAUCUGGGAGAUCCCCGAGGGCGGGCUGAAGCGGAACAUGACAGAGGCUCUCCUGGAGAUGCACGGGCACAGCCGGCGUGUGGGGCUGGUCGAAUGGCACCCCACCACCAACAACAUCCUGUUCAGUGCUGGCUAUGACUACAAGGUCCUCAUCUGGAACCUGGAUGUGGGUGAGCCCGUGAAGAUGAUCGACUGCCACUCGGACGUGAUCCUCUGCAUGUCCUUCAACACCGACGGCAGCCUCCUCACCACCACGUGCAAGGACAAGAAGCUGCGCGUGAUUGAGCCCCGUUCUGGCCGCAUUCUGCAGGAGGCGAACUGCAAAAACCACAGAGUGAACCGGGUGGUGUUUCUGGGGAACAUGAAGAGGCUUCUCACGACAGGGGUGUCCAGGUGGAACACAAGACAGAUUGCCCUCUGGGACCAGGAGGACCUAUCCAUGCCUCUGAUCGAGGAGGAAAUUGAUGGGCUCUCUGGCCUCCUAUUCCCCUUCUACGAUGCGGACACCCACAUGCUCUACUUGGCUGGAAAGGGAGAUGGAAACAUCCGGUACUAUGAGAUCAGCACUGAGAAGCCCUACCUGAGUUACCUCAUGGAGUUCCGUUCCCCAGCUCCACAGAAAGGUCUAGGGGUCAUGCCCAAACACGGGCUGGAUGUGUCGGCCUGCGAGGUGUUCCGCUUCUACAAGCUGGUGACUCUCAAGGGCCUGAUCGAGCCCAUCUCCAUGAUCGUGCCCCGGAGGUCAGAUUCCUAUCAGGAAGAUAUUUACCCCAUGACACCAGGCACGGAGCCAGCUCUGACUCCUGACGAAUGGCUGGGAGGUAUCAACCGAGAUCCCGUGCUGAUGUCUUUGAAAGAAGGCUAUAAGAAGUCCUCGAAAAUGGUAUUUAAGGCUCCCAUCAAAGAAAAGAAGAGUGUUGUGGUCAAUGGAAUAGAUUUAUUAGAAAAUGUCCCACCCAGGACAGAGAAUGAGCUCCUCCGAAUGUUCUUCCGGCAGCAGGAUGAGAUUCGGCGAUUGAAAGAGGAGCUGGCCCAGAAGGACAUCCGAAUUCGGCAGCUACAGCUGGAACUGAAGAACUUGCGCAACAGCCCGAAGAACUGUUAGCUCCCCGGUGGGGGCUGCUUUCUAAGCCAAUCUCUCCGUUGUUUCUACCUGUCCCUUAACUUCUUCUUAUCCUGUGACCCCAGAGACAGAGCCAGGAUGACGGAAGCUGGGGGAGAGCCUGAGGACCCCACCUGCCACCUCAAGAACUGGAAGCUGAUCUUUGACCUCUUGACCUCAUGCUAAUAAAAGUCCCCAGCCUCUCCUGGAGACCCACCGCUGGCAGCCCCUUUCCCUGCCACCCCAGGAGCCUCGGCUUCCCCUGGCUGGGCAAAGACUACGGACUCCCCGAGGGGUGCCCUCAGUGGACCAAGGAGCAGAGGAAGAAACCAGGACCCCGGUAGAUUAGAAUUAGAACUUUUCCCCUGCGAAAGGGCUGCUGCUAGGACAUCUCAGCACCCUCUGCUGGGGCUCAUAGAUAGCAUCCCUGAUGGACCACACUGUCAGGGCUGUAUGGCAGGCAUCACCUGUUCUCCCUUCCCUUCCCCCACCUUCCUCAGCAGCCCUGGAAGCCAGAUUCACCUGACAAGGGUUGCAAGCAGCCCCGCUCCUUUCUGUCUCUUGCCCCCUCUCUCUUGACUUCAGGGAAUUAAGAGGAUUGUUUGCCAAGGCCAUAAUGACCCUUUGCCUUCCCAUGAUUCUCUUCAAAGCUCUUGCAAUACCCUUUUCCCAUUUAAUUUGUGAGGCAGGCAGGGUAGAGAAUAGUGUCCCCAUUUUACAAAUGACAAAACUGAGAGUUGCACUUACUAAGUCACUCAGCAGGUCAACAGUGGACCUAAGACCAGGACCUAGGGUAUCCAACCCCAGGCCAGAGCCCUGCCCACUGCAUCAAGAUGCCAAUCCCCUGGGGGCUUCACCAGUGCCCAGGUAUCUGCAGAAUGAGAACUGGAAGCCACUUCUACCGUCUGCCCAACACCAGUAGUGCCAAUGUGUCACACUGCCCAGUUGAGGCCCCUCACACUCAGUGCCCCUCCAUCCCCCUGGCCUCCACCCUCUGCUCCCCACCAGGGGACUCCUUCUGAGAUGAGGCCUCUUCUUCCUAGAAGCCGAGGCUGAGGAGUGUGGAGUCCAGCCCUGGGGAAGGCAGAGCUAGGGUCAGAUUGCUUCGAGAGGUGGGUGAUGCUCUGUGUGUGUCUCUCGCCACUAUUAUCUCAGCCACUUUCAGCCUUACACUUGUAGAAUGACCACAGCCCCUCACAUUGGUAUAGCACUUUAAAGUUUACAUAGUUCUUUGGCACAUGGGAUCUCAUUUGAGUCUCACAUUCGCUCCAGGAUGUAGGGAGCACUCUCUCCACUUGGCAGAUAAGGAAAUUGAGCAGUGGCCCGAGGUCACAAGACUCUGAGAUACCACAUCUCAUUUGGUCUUCUACACAUUUUCUUUUUUUUCCUCCUUCUUUUCUCCCUUCAUUUCCCACUACCCACAGGGUUCAUAAACACUGUUCAUCUAGAAAAGUCACCGUUUGGGGGUGAGAUCAGGCCUGGGAAUCAAGAAAUGGAUGCCCACCUUUCUCUCAUUCACUAGGAUCUACUAGACACAUUAUGCUCCACACCUGCCUUUCCCAUGGCCACCCUGCAGAACACCCAUCCACACAGGCCGGGGCUCCCUAAGCCCCUGCAGGUGAUCAGCACAGGGAAAGCCCCCCAACUUCUUGGGCUUUUUCUCCAAGAAAGUUUCACCCCUUGGCCAGCUGAAGCAGGGUCUCCUCACUCUCCCCAUCCCCUGAAGCUAGACAGUGUCAGCUCUCAUCUCCCCCUCCCCACACUUCUUGAGCUUUUUUUUCUUCCCCAUUGACCUUUGUGGUCUUCUGUGAUUAUUUAUGCUGCCUCCCAACGAUAGAAUUGAAAUAAAACGUUUUCAACUUAUCAAACCUGGGCAUGGCCAUCUCAUUUCACCCCAGGUGGUUACUGCUCUUGGUUACCAUGGUAUCUUGAUGUUCGACUCCCCAGGCACAGCUCCUUUGCCUUUCUGGUACGACAAACCACAUCUGUAUCUACAGAUAUAAUUUCACACUUUCAUUCACUUCAGCAAGGCUUCUGAACCUCAGCACUAUUGACGUUUGGGGCCUGAUAAUUCUUUGCUACGAAGGCUGUCCUAUGCGCUCUAAGGUGUUUAGCGGCAUCCCUGGCCUCUACUGACCAGAUGCCAUAGCAACUCCCAUCCAGGUGUGAUAAACGAAAAUGUCUUCAGAUAUCACCCAAUAUUUCUUGGGAUGUCAAAAAUAGCCCCCAGUCGAGAACCACUGUUCUGCAGUAAUUCAGCAGGCAUCUGCUCUGUAUCUAUCCCUGUAUUGGGAUCUGGGGGACACCAACAUUUUACACUGGAAUGAUACUUCUCAGUUUACAAAAACACUGUUCCAUAUAUGUGGCUCUUGAUCUUCAUUCGCAGCAGCUCUAGGUGGUAUGUGCUAAUAUUAUUCCCAUUUUCAAGAAGAGCAGUCAGGUCCAGACAUGCUUGAGGUCACUCAGCUGGUAUGGUAGGGAAGACGCAAAGGGAUAUGGAUAUCAUGAGCCCAGAGCCAGAGAAGGCACAUGCUCCAAUUCCCUAGCCAGUCUCCGUGCUGGGCCAAGUCUGUUCUGGGAAGAGGGCUGGGGCCUGUCGUGAACAAUGGAUGGUGGGCAGGGACUGCCAGCCACUGAAUCACCCUCGUCGCUCACCAAGCCAGCAUUGUGAUGGAGUAGAGUUGUCAGGCUGGGUGGACAAGCAUGUAGCCGUGCGGACCCCACGGGAAACUCAGAAGAGCCAGAGGAAAACAAAGUCUUAGGAAAGAGGGCUGGAGAGAAAAUGAAUAAAGGGCUGCAGAGGAGCAGUGACGGGUUGCCCCAGCUCUGCCGCUGACAGAGUGUGUGACACUGAGUGAUCCACUUCUCCUCUCUGAGCCUCACUUUCUCCAUCUCUAAAAUGAGGGGAUUAGACAAUUUCAGGGUCCCUUCUUGAUCUGCCACUAAAGUUUCUAUUAUACAGCAGUUGGGAGAACGGAAUAAGUCCCCAAGACCACCCACUUUCUAGCACGAGUGGUGCAAAGGAGAAAUCUAUCAGGGGAAGGGAAGCAGCAGGAUGGCUUCCUACAGUGGUGGGUGCAAAAAAGGAUUUUUGCUAAACAUGAAUUUGAACAAAGACACCCCUGGAGUUUCUACUCUAGAUCAGUUCACAAAGUCCUGGGCUUGAAAGAACUGCUACAGUCAUUGAGAGCCUGGCCUUCAUAAGGUCUUUCUCUUGGGAUACUGAGGAAGAUGGAGCUGGUUCCUUGACUGAAGCUCCCCCCCGCCCCCUGGGCCCAGGAAGCAGGUGAAUGGACUAAGUGAUCUGUCCCAUGUAUGCUUCUAUCCCACCAAUUCUGAGCUUACCUGCGUGGCUCUUUAUUCACUACUCACUGUGUCAAAUUGUCCAAGAUCAAGGUCAAGUGUGAUUUCCCUGCCAAGUAGCCUGUUUUCCCCACUGCAUUUGUUGAGUAUCCCCUCAAUUCCUCAUUGGUUGUCUGUGUGUCCUUUGGUUCUUCAUAUACUAGAAUAUGUUCCAUGCCUAGUCUGUUACGCUGAUCCUGUUCCAGUUUUGGCCUAGCCCACCACAAUGCUUCAAUUAUUGUAACAA